CUAACGUUGGCUACAUUUACCUUCAUGAUUGUAGACUAAAGCCAGCUAGCUACUGUUGCUAUCAACACAAUACCAUAGCGGCUGAAUGAACGCGUCAGCAUAACUAAACUCGCUGAAAAUGGACGCGCUUCACAACUUUCCAGAGGACGAGAGGGUUGAAAAGGUCACUCUGGAUCAGGAUCCACCUUACAUGGAAAUAAGGACAACAGUAGACGGUCCCCCGAAUGCUGGCUGGAAGGAGACUGGUCCAUUGUCCAAGUGGUCCUCAGCCCAGAAAGUGGAGCCGAGCUAUGGCUUGAGCUUGCCUUUGGGAGAAGACUAUGAGAAGAAGAAGCAGAGGUUGCAACAAGAGCUACGUCUGGAUUACAGACGCUACAUGGCUCAGGAACAAAAUCAUGGGGGAAGAAAGAAAAAGGACAUGAAGAGUGUUGAGUCAGGCUCUCAGGCGCUGUCUCUGCCUAUCGCCGAGAGGAGAUCUGCGAAGGACAGAUUAAGAAAUGAGAGAAACGAGGAGUACAAUCAGUUUCUUAGAGGACAAAAGCAGGGAAGAUUCACUCAAAACUCAGGUUUACAGCAGGAGCAGAACAGGCCUGGGGAGCACCAUACUAUCCCCAGAGCUCGUCCAGAAGUCCCCAAACUCCCGCCUGUCCACAGCGCCCCCGCGCCCCGCGAGCGUCUCCCAUCCAGGAGAGACGCGGCCACCCUGACGGAGGCCGGGAUGGGGACGCAGACCCGGCAGAGGCGGGGUCGCAGGCGCUGGGGGGAGGGGCCGGACCCCCCGGGCAGGAGGGUGGAUUACGACUCGCAGCAGGACUACUCUGAAGACGAGCUGGACUUUGUGGACAGAAGGCCCAGACGGAUCAGGGAGCCUGAGUACACCGAGAGGAGGGGGCACCGGCUGUACCACAGGCCUGACCGAGAAGUGCCAAGACUAAGAGAGAGAGCGGUUGAUGACUCUGAUGAUUACCCUGAAAUGGGUCAUUAUGUCCAAAGACCAAGGAAUGACAGAGUUCACUGGGAGAGGAGGAAGGUGGAGGCCCCUCCCGUGUACGAGGAUGACUAUAGGGAGAAGAUCCAAAGGACACUGUCAGCUGCACCCAAUCCAAAGCUGCAGAAUCUGCAACCAGCACAGGCGAGUGAGAGAGCCAGAUCGGUCAGCACCAAGGACAGGGCCGAGUUUGCCACGGGACUGAUGAUCGGAGCCGCGGACGCAGACCUGGCCGCGCAGGCGAGGAAGGAGAGGUACAGGCGGGAGCUGCUGGAGCAAAUGGCCGAACAGCAGAAGAACAAGAGGAAGGAAAAGGAACUGGAGCUCAGAGUUGCUGCCACUGGAGCCAUUGACCCAGAGAAAAUGGUAUCUUCUAGAAGGCAGGAUGAUUUUCGAGGAGUCAGAAUAGAGCCGGAUCGAAUCAAACAAUUUGGGGCGGUGACCCGCGAGUACGAAGGCAAGAGGCGGGACGUCCCGUACCGGCCCGGGCGGGGCCUGGACGCGCUGGGGUCCGAGUCGGAGAGGCGGCGGCGUGAGGAGAGGCCCCCCGCCGACGCGGAGGACGGGGGGCCCCCCGAGAAGCCGCGCGUGGCCUUCCAGGCCCCCGUGCCGAGCUACGGCAGCCUGGCGGGCAGCGGGGCCGCUCCUCCCAACCCAGACUUCCACAGGAGUCUGUCCGGCACACUGGGGGAGAUCAUCGCACCCAGAAUCACAGGUGUCCCGCCUCCCCCUGCACCCACGCUGGCAGACGCCUACAGAACUCCGUAUGAUGAGGCCUAUUACUACUACGGAGCCAGAAAUCCUCUGGACCCCAGCCUGGCUUACUACGGGCCUGCAGCGGGGGGACUGCCUCCCGGAACCUUCCGCAGCCAGCCGCCGGGGGCCGCGCAGUCGCAUACCAGCCAGACAGGCGCUGCGCCCACUGGAGCUGGAGUCGGAGUCUUCCCGACAGAGAGGCCCAAACAGACGAAAGAAAGCAUGCUAAGCUAUCAGGAGGCGCUCAAAAAACAGAUGCAAGAAAGACAGGAGAGAAAAAAACAGGAGAAGGAAGAGAAGGAGCGCUUCGAGGCCCAGCUGGAGGCUGAGAUGAGAGCCUACAACCCCUGGGGGAAGGGUGGAGGUGGCGCACCCCUCCGAGACAGCCGGGGGAACCUCAUCACGGAUCUGAAUCAAAUGCACAAGGUGAACGAGGAGGCCUACUUGAACCCCGACUCCCGAGGCAAGAAGGCGGGGUCCGUCGGCAGGAGCCUCCAGGUGCCCAGGGGGGAAGACCGAGCGCCCUCUCCCCACAGGAUUUCAGGGUUUUCCUAUGCCCAGGCCCCUGCUUUUCCUCGCGGCAAUGCUUCUGCGGACCUACCAACACCGCAGCAGAUUCACGAACAGGACAAGUACCGGGACUACCUGAAGCAGCAGAUUGAGGAGAAGCGGCAGAAGGAGGCGGAGGAGCGGGAGCGCUUCCGGCUGGAGGAGGAGAGGGAGGAGAAGAGGCUGGCGGAGCAGAGGGCUCGGAUACAGAGGGAGUACGAGGAGGAGCAGGAGAGGAAGAGGUCCAAGGAGAGGGAGCAAAACGCCCAGAACGAGGAGCAGAUCCGGCUGCUGGAAGGAGACUGGGUGACACCAAAUGAAAAGGCAGUGGUGUUUGUGCUCUAUUCUAAUGGAUGCAAAGGAAGUGUUGUUGUGGAUCAGUUUUAUUUUGUGCACUCUUGCAUUCCUUUUGGGAAGAUGCCUAGGGAGCCAUCUCCACCAAUCCCAGCUGUGCAGAAAAGGCUCGCCUCUCAACUCAAGUCCAGACCCCUGUCUGUGGACAGCCGGCAGUCCAGCACUACUCUGUCUGAGCGCUCCAUGUCCGUUCCACCCUCCCCACCGGUACCGGCCCGGAAAAACCAGCUGCGAGCCACAGUGGAGCAGCCGGGCGUGAUCGGCGAGCUGUCGGCCCUGCGCAAACAGCUGCGCAGUGAGCAGAGGCGGCUGGACAGGGAGCUGCAGCAGACUGAGAGGGACAGGGAGAGGGAGAGGGAGGGGCUGGACAGCCCUGUCAGCACCAGGCGACGGGAGCAGGCGCAGGUGGACGUGUUCGAGAUGGCGAGGCUGCGUCUGCAGGCGCCGGUCAGGAGAAACUCCAAAAUGGCCGCCGGGCCCAUCAACCUGCAGAACAUCCGCGACUUCAACCGCCUCAAAUACCGAGGCGACGAGUCCCGCGAGGAGGUGCGGCAGACCUACCCGGACCCCCCCGUGGACGACCGCAGCCUGGAGCUGCAGCAGCAGGCCCUGCUGAGGGAGCAGCAGCGCAGGAUCAACCGCAUGAAGAGGAGGGAGGCCGCCGAGUACUUGGACCUGGCCCCUCAGGCAUACCCGACUCGUGAUGUGAGGAAGAGCUCGGCUGAGAACCUGCUGAGAGAGUCCCUGCUCGAAUCAGAGAGCGCUUUUAUCGACUCCAGCGGGGACACUUUCCCCGCGCUUACGGACCGCCAGGCCAAGCCGGGCCCCAGAGCCAGACCCCCCUCAGCCACAGAGUGGGAGAGGGCAGCCAAGAGGCCAGACUACGAGCGUGAGCGCGCCCCCUCUGAGAGCCCGGCAGAGCCCGUGGGGCUGACGGACUCGCGCUCGCUGCGGUCGGCGGACAGCCUGAGCCUGGAGCAGCUGCAGCGGUCCAACCAGCGGCGCAUGCAGAGGCUGGAGGAGGUGGGCAGCCGGGCCUCGACCGCAGGCGACGCGUCCUCGGAUGACAGGGACAGCUUCCAGCGGAGCGCCACCCCGCUGGACCCCGAGCGGCGCUGCUCGGUGCAGACCUUCGCCACGGAGCCCUGGAUGAGGCCCGGCACCUCCGAGUCCCUCAAGCGCUUCAUGGAAGGGCGGGGCCACAGGGAGGCCCACCGCUGGGAGGCCCCCGACUGGGAGGGCCCUUCCUCUUACCGCGGCUGAGCGUCCCCCCCCAAUACGCUGAGCACUCCUCUGCUAUUCCCCCCCCCCAUACACUGAGCACUCCUCUGCUAUUCCCCCCUCCCAUACACUGAGUGCCCCUCUGUGCUAUUCCACCCCCCAAACACACUGAGCACUCCUCUGCUAUUCCCCCCUCUCAUACACUGAGCACUCCUCUGCUAUUCCCCCCUCCCAUACACUGAACACUCCUCUGAUAUUCCACCCCCCCAAAUACACUGAGCACCCCUCUGCUACUCCCCUGGGUGUGUGUGUGUGUGUGUGUGUGUGAACGUGUAUGUGGGUGUGCGUGUGUGAGCAUGCAAGCGUGCGGACCUGUGCCCUGACAGCACAGUUUUACAACAGCAGGUCUCUGCUCACUUCCGUGAGCUCUUCAUUUUCAGCCUUCCUCAAAGUGUUGACUUAUUAACAUUACUACAUUUAUGUGCAACUAAUACUUCUACCUCUGCCAAUACUGGAGGUGCAUUAAAUUCAAAGCCUGAUUUAAAAAAAAAGCAUAGCCUAGCCUGCAUUGAGGUUUAUUGGAGUGAAUGUUUUGCAACCCUGUAAUCCUUUUGCCAAGACUGGGAAAACCUGAGAAAUGACAUCACACAGACCACACAGCGAGCCAGUGGUAGAGCUGAAAGGAUCGGUGUCUGUCAGCGUGUGCUUUGUUUUAAUGACAGGCAGCAGAUGAACCGAUGUUACAUCAGAGAUGCCGGAAGGGAUGCAUUAUUGUAUGGAGUACUGAGAGCACUGUGGCCUCUGCCUGGGCUUGUGUGGUCAGCUGAAGCUUUGGCACAAUUAGUCUAGCAGAUACCCCACUUUCUUUAUCAUUCUUGAAGAAUACAUAUUGAGAGAGUAAUAUAUAUUGCAAAUUGUCGUUUUUAAAAUGGUGUGUUUGAGUUUAAUACAUAAAUAUGAAAUGUCCUGAGCACUGUAUGUUUGUAUGUCUGUUGCUUUUUAAUAGACAAAUGUAAUAAUAAAUUAUUUUAAUAAA